CAAGAUCUUCAAGCCACAAAGGGCCCAUAAAACUAGCAGCAGCAGGAGAAGAUUUCAUGGGGAUGGGUGUAGGUGCGUGGUCUCUUGAAGACGCCGUGAACUCUGGCUUCACUCCUGUUUGGGGUUUACAUGAGAGCGUAGAGGAAUUAAAGCACAAGCUUCUGUGCGCAACCUUGGAACUGGAAUCACUGCGUGCUAAUGCCAAGGAAGACAUGAGAAAGAACGAGGAGAACAUUAGCCAGUUGUUGCAGCUUCUUCAAGUGAUCACUCAGCAGAGAGACGAGGCCAGAGAACAGCUGCAGCUUUUGCUCACGAAUAUGACACAGCCAGAGAGCCCACAGGUGAGGCAGAGAAGAGGCAGUUCAAAUAUCACUGAAUCGGAUAGUCUCUCUGGCACCCCCAAGAAUCAUUCUUACGGUGGAUCUCCUGCACAUUCUUUGUUCAAUGUUGCUGCUUCUCCAGAACUUUUGAGUAUGAAGACACAGGGUCAAGAUCGUGGCCAAGAUAUGGCUUCGGUGGUCAUGGAUGAACUUGCAAUGAGGCCACUGCCUCAGAAGGGUAAGUUGCUGCAAGCUGUGUUGGAAGCUGGUCCUCUGCUGCAGACUCUUCUCUUGGCAGGGCCACUCCCUCAGUGGCGCAAUCCUCCACCUCUGCAGCAGUUUCAAGUCCCUCCAGUCUCUAUCAAUGCUCACAAAGCUUCAUCUCUCAGCCAAAAAGUUGCAACGAGUUCAAAUGAUUUGGCUCACUGCUCUACAAAUCUACUUGAUAGUGAGAAAUCUAAGAGAGAAUUACAUAUACACUCCCCUGAUUUGCCGAAGAGAUCAGUGAAUUUGACCUGCAUGAGAAGUUACGACAACAUGAGCUUGAAAAGGCAGAAGACUCAAUGCACAGGGGGUGCAUGAUGAGAAAGAUACCUUCUUUGCUAAUUACCGACGAACCCUUUGGCAGGACCAAUCAGAUUUAGUUAUAUUUUACAUGUCUAUAUCUAAGUUGCAGGAGUUUGUUUCUCAUUGCUUAGAAAUAUUUUUUUGCGAAGAAUGCUUAGUUUAACUUACUCAAAAUAAACCUAGUUAAGCAUUAUAUAUUUUUAGAAGGUUGUGUAAUAUUUCAUUGUACUACCAGCAGAAAAAUCUAAAAGCAAAAUCUUUAUUAGGACAUCAUA